CGAACUCCACGGGGUUUAGUUGCGUUUGUGUCGUCGCCUCGAACGGAUCGUUGUCUCUCGCAGCCGUCCAGCAUAACCCAGGAGUGUGUGUUUGCUGCCCGUGACCGGUUUCGUUGCAUUGCUGGCCUGUUUCUACUCGCGGUCACUCCCACAGCUGCGUUUAGAUUUAAAAGAUCAACUAACAAAAGAGGAACACACACAAGAAGUACAAUAGCAAGAUGUCCGCCAAAGCAAUACGCGAAGCCACCGGUAAAGACAUUAUCAACCGUCAGCUGCAGGGCGAUCAUGGAGCGGCCAAGUGUCGGUUUGCAACCGUGACCGAAACUACACAAUGGCAGCAGUUGGUGCAGGACAACCCGUGGCUGGAGACAUCGCCUCUUGUGGUUAAGCCUGAUCAACUGAUUAAGCGACGUGGAAAGCUUGGACUGAUUGCCGUGAACAAAAAUCUAGCACAAGUAAAAACAUGGGUCAACGAACGGAUGGGCAAGGAUCAGAAGAUUGGAAAUGCUACUGGCAAGCUGCGCAAUUUUAUCAUUGAGCCCUUCGUACCCCACAAGGAUAAUGAGGAAGCGUACGUAUGCAUCUACUCUCAUCGGACGGCGGACACAAUUCUGUUUUAUCACCAGGGCGGAGUUGAUAUCGGCGAUGUGGACGCGAAAGCAUUGAAAUUGGAAGUACCAGUCGGUACUGAUGUCACAAUGGUCGAGAUCGAAAAAGUGUUGCUGACCGAGAUUUCUUCCGCUAAGAAACAGAGAGUUGCAAACUUUGUGUACAAUCUAUACAAAAUGUACGUGGAUCUGUACUUUACUUACUUGGAGAUUAAUCCGCUGGUCGUGACGGAUGACUCCAUCUACAUUCUUGAUCUGGCCGCUAAGGUUGAUGCAACUGCAGAUUUCAUGUGUCGGCCGAAAUGGGGAGAGAUCGAUUAUCCGCCACCGUUUGGACGUGAUGCGUUCCCGGAGGAAGCGUACAUUGCCGAUUUGGAUGCUAAGAGUGGCGCUUCGCUGAAGCUAACCAUUCUCAACCGCAACGGUCGCAUCUGGACGAUGGUGGCUGGUGGUGGUGCUAGCGUUAUCUAUUCUGAUACAAUCUGCGACUUGGGAGGCGCUAGCGAGCUGGCCAACUACGGCGAAUACAGUGGCGCUCCGUCAGAGCAGCAAACUUACGAGUACGCUAAGACCAUUCUUAGUCUAAUGACGAGCAGCCCGAAGCAUCCGGACGGAAAGGUGCUGAUCACCGGAGGUGGCAUUGCUAACUUUACGAAUGUGGCAGCAACGUUUAGCGGAAUCAUUACCGCUUUGCGUGACUACCAGCAGAAGCUGAUCGAGCAUAAUGUGUCCAUUUUCGUGCGUCGUGCUGGCCCGAACUAUCAGGAAGGCUUGCGCAAGAUGCGUGAGAUCGGUAGCAGCUUGGGCAUUCCACUGUAUGUGUUCGGUCCGGAAACGCAUAUGACGGCUAUUUGCGGCAUGGCGCUGGGAAAGAAACCGAUCGCAAAGAGCAACAAUGUACACUUUGCUACCGCAAAUUUUCUACUGCCGGGCGGCCAACAGGGUGCUGAGUCGUCGAAGAAAUCAUCCACGGCCAGCCAGGAAAAUGCAGCUAGUAGUGGCGUUAGUAAGAAAAUUACCUCACCCGCUACUUCCCCGGUAGGCGAAGCUGGUGCAGUCCGCAGCUCUCCAACGGAGAUCGGGUCGAAUGCGUACCGUCAGAUGUUUAGCAAUCGUACCAAGGCGAUCGUUUGGGGCAUGCAAACCCGCGCGGUUCAGUCAAUGCUAGAUUUCGACUUCAUCUGCAGCCGCGAUGAACCUUCCGUAGUGGCUAUGGUGUACCCGUUCACCGGAUACCAUAGACAGAAGUUCUACUGGGGUCACAAGGAAGUGCUGAUUCCGGUGUAUUCCAAGAUGUCGGAAGCAAUCAACAAGCACAAGGAAGCGGACGUGCUGGUAAACUUUGCAUCGCUCCGGUCGGCCUACGACAGCUCGGUCGAAGUGCUGGACUAUCCGCAGAUCCGCACGAUUGCCAUCAUUGCCGAAGGCAUUCCGGAGAAUCUUACUCGCAAGCUGAACAUGGCUGCCCGUGAACGAAACGUUGCAAUCAUCGGUCCGGCCACGGUCGGUGGCGUGAAGCCGGGAUGUUUCAAGAUCGGCAACACGGGCGGUAUGCUCGACAACAUCAUACAUUCCAAGCUGUACCGCGCUGGCAGUGUUGCGUACGUAUCUCGCUCGGGUGGUAUGUCGAACGAACUGAACAACAUUCUUUCGCUGACGACGGACGGAGUUUACGAAGGCGUGGCAAUCGGGGGCGAUCGUUAUCCGGGCACUACCUUCAUGGAUCACAUCAUGCGAUACCAGGCAGAUCCAGCUGCCAAGAUGAUCGUACUUCUGGGAGAGGUUGGCGGUGUGGAGGAGUAUGAAGUGUGCGAAGCGCUGAAGGACGGCCGCAUCACCAAGCCGCUGAUUGCCUGGUGUAUUGGAACGUGUGCGGGAAUGUUUACCUCUGAGGUGCAGUUCGGGCAUGCGGGAUCUUGCGCCAACUCGGACCGUGAAACAGCAUCGGCUAAAAACAAGGCUCUUGCCGAAGCCGGCGCUCAUGUGCCUGCAUCGUUCGAUGCUUUCGGUGAUAUGAUUGGAUCGGUGUACGAGAGCAUGGUGAAGGAGGGACUUAUUGUACCUGCGGAGGAAGUACCGCCCCCGACCGUCCCGAUGGAUUACUCAUGGGCUCGCGAGCUUGGUUUGAUCCGUAAGCCGGCCUCGUUCAUGACGUCCAUCUGUGACGAGAGAGGGCAGGAGCUGCUAUACGCCGGUAUGCCGAUCAGCGAUGUGCUGCAAAAGAACGUAGGAAUCGGUGGCGUUGUGUCGCUGCUUUGGUUCCAGCGCUGUCUGCCACCGUAUGUGUGCAAAUUCUUCGAAAUGUGCUUGAUGGUCACGGCUGACCAUGGACCAGCCGUGUCCGGUGCACACAACACGAUCGUGUGUGCACGAGCUGGCAAGGAUUUGGUGUCAUCUGUAGUGAGCGGUUUGCUCACGAUCGGUGAUCGGUUCGGUGGUGCGCUUGAUGGUGCAGCCAAGCAAUUCUCCGAAGCAUACGAUUCCAAUCUCCAUCCGAUGGAGUUUGUAAACUCCAUGCGCAAGAAGGGUCAACUGAUCAUGGGUAUUGGUCAUCGAGUGAAAUCGAUCAACAAUCCGGAUGUUCGAGUAAAGAUCAUCAAAGAGUUUGUAAUGCAAAACUUCCCAGCUUACCCGCUGCUGGAAUACGCGCUUGAGGUGGAGAAAAUUACCACCAGCAAGAAACCGAAUCUAAUUUUGAACGUCGAUGGAGUCAUUGCAACAUCCUUUGUCGAUAUGCUAAGGAACUGCGGUUCAUUCACAAGCGAGGAAGCUCAGGAAUACAUCAACAUCGGUGCGAUCAAUUCCUUGUUCGUGUUGGGUCGCAGCAUCGGUUUCAUCGGACAUUACAUGGAUCAGAAGCGCUUGAAGCAGGGUCUCUACCGUCACCCAUGGGACGACAUUUCGUACGUUCUACCUGAGCAGUACAACUAAAAACCUGCCCUCUGCCGGGAUUCAUCGGGCAUCACGGAAGAGACUUUACAAACAUUCAUUAGCACAAUACGACACAAAACGCAACCGUUUCGUUCGGACCAGAGAGAGAGAGAGAAAGAGAGAGAGAGAGAGAGAGAGAGAGAGAGAGAGAGAGAGAGA